CUAAACUCGUUCUGUCGACGGAGGAAGGCAAAUUUCCCCUUGCUGAUACAUUUUUGAGCCCUCUAUCAACAUUUUCUUCGUAAGGUAUCGAUGAAGAUGGUUAGUGGGGUGGUGAACUAAUAUAUCCUCAUAAAACUCAGGGAAUGGCAACAGCUUCCUCAACAGGUUCAAGCUACCUUGCUGUGACUGAUGAUCAGAAACGAUGGCUUGUGGUAGGAAUUGCACUCAACAAGAUCCUUAUACCACAGAUACGUCCAUUUGUAGAAAAAGGAGUCAAUGUUGAGUACAACAACCUAAAGAUCAGCCACAGAAUACAUGUUCAGGGCCCACAUGGUCGUCUUCAGAGGUGGCCUGCCUCCUCCAAAAACUUGUUGAAAUAUGAGAACAUCAAUGGAAAUGUUUCUCGUCCAAAGCUUCAUGGUGGAAAAUUCAAUUAUUCUUCAUUUGAUUGUCAGGUAAAGUCCCAUGUGGACUUUGCCAAGCUGUAUGUCCAGGGGUACAUGGCGAAGUUCACUGCCUUUGAUGAUCACUGUGAUGCAUCAGCUGUGUUGUCUUUGCUUGGUGGGGUUCCUGUAUUCUUUACUGCUGCAAGCUCUGCAGGUGAUGUCAGAAUAGCAAGGAAUGAUUGGGCUCACUGUGCCUUUGGAAAAUGGAAUCCAGUCAAAUUUCAGAAAAGUUUCACUGAUAUGGAACAACUGGUCAAGAACAUGGCCCUGCCUUCUGUAAAUGAAAGAGAGCUUCUUGUAGAACUAAAAGACUGGGAAACAAAAGGAGUACAUCUUUGCAUGAAUUCUCCGGUAGACCCUGCAUUGCUGCAAGUGGUUCAGCAGGAGCUUAAGUCACUUCAAGAUGUGGUGGAUAACAUGUGCUUAGAAUUAAACCAAAAGAAGACUAAGAUUCAACAUGAGCUGCGAAGUAUUGCAGUUACCUUGAAUUAUAUGGAAAAGAGACUUCAGAGGUUAGAGUUAGGACAACAGAAUCUGGAGAGCCAUGUUGAUCAAACUGACAGCAGACUGGAUAUAAUAGAAGAGCGCAUACAUGAGAAGAUAGAGAAGCUUGAGAGUGGUCAGCAGACUACAGAGAGUCGCACUGUCCAAAUUGAGGAUAACAUUUACCAACUCCGAGGGCACAUACAAGAGAGAAUGGAGAAGCUUGAGAGUGGUCAGCAGACCACAGAGAGUCACACUUUCCAUAUUGAAGAUAAUAUUCACCAACUGCAAGAACAAAUGGAUGACUUGUUUAAAUCAAAAGAAGCAGAUUUAAAUAGAUCAUGCCAGGAAAGUCCAGAGACAGCUGUCUUUCCACAGAAAUUUGUAGAGCUCAUUAAACGAAAAUACAAAGGUGCUGUACUGUGUCCCUUUCCUUGGUGUGAAGAUGAACUACAACUGCAACUUUCCAAGGUUUUUACAAGACUGAAGAUAGUUGAAAAGAAGAAAGAACGAGCCAGAAGGACAAAGGAAAUCGUCCCAAUGACAGAUGCGUUUCGAUCACAUGAAGAAUGUAAAGAGCCCAGAGUGGUGCUGAUUGAAGGGGAACCUGGAAUAGGAAAAACCACUUGCUGUCAGAAGCUUGCAUAUGAUUGGUCUGUGGAAUGUAUAUCAGCCGAGGCCUGUUUUCCUAAAGUGAAGAUGCUACUUCUGUUGAAGUGCCGAGACAUGAAGACUGCUGACAUUGAAGAAGCUAUUGAUGAUCAGCUGUUGCCACUUGAUGCCGAAGAGAAGGAGAAGGAAAACUUCUUCCGUUUUAUCCGCCAAAAUCAAUCGAGGAUCCUACUGGUUCUUGACGGACUGGAUGAAUUAAGUGAGACAGUAUAUGAAGGAUUGUUACCUUUGAUUCAAGGGAGAAUCUUUCCUUGUACUUACCUCAUGCUAACAGCCCGCCAUGAAUUAGGAAUGAAGGUGCGGCGUGAAUGUGACACGCUUCUUGAGGUUGUUGGCUACACCGAGGAGGAUGCUGACACCUACAUUAAGAAGUACUUCAGCAAUCACGAUGAUCCAAGUCUUGCGAAGAAACUCAUUAAGAAUUUAAGGAAGAAUCCUCAGCUAAGGGAAUUAACUGCCAAUCCACUUAACACUGCUCUUCUGUGCCUAAUUUGUGAAGAUACGCAGGGGAAACUCCCUUACAAUAAAACCAUGUUGUAUCGUGAAAUUGUUUCAUGCGCCCUAAUGAGAAAUUUUCAAAAAAAGGGGAUCCCUUUGGUGAACGCAGAUCCAAUCGAGGUAUGUUCAGAGCAGCUGAAUCAGUUGGGUGAGUUGGCACUUGAAGCCUUGGUUAGAGAUCAGUUGUAUUUUACUACAGAAAAGCUGCGAGGUCAUUCAACUGAAUUUCUCGACUUUGGUCUUCUUUCUCGAGAAGCCAGUGCAAGUAAAAUCAGACCGAAGCCAAGUUAUGCAUUUACCCAUAAGACCUUUCAGGAAUAUUUCGCAGCAUUUCACGUAGCCCAUGAACUGCUGACUGGUGGUAAGGACAAGGCUGCCUUGCUUACUCACCUCACUCCUCCGGAUAAGUACUGGCCGGUGUGGGAAUUCCUGAUCACAAUGGUAUCAAAAAAAAGUGAUGAUGUAGCUGUUGUUUUGGUGUCAAGUUUGUGUGCUUCCUUCCAGAACAAAAUGCCAAAGCACUUUAGCCUCCAUUAUUACUACGAACCAGAGGAAGAAGCUAGCGAUGACGAAGAUGAUUCGGCGCACAUUUAUCCUGGUUACCAGUGCGACAAUGAAAUUGAUUCGGGCGACUGUGAUUCCGAUGACGACCUUGAUAAUGAUCUUGCCUCAGCAUCCGAUGUCGACACUGACAACCGUUACGAUUACGGGUUUGAUGCUAACGUUUGCAGAGACGAUUCAUUUGACUGGCCUACAAAGUUAGGAUGGAUAAAAUGGUCAAAACGAAUUGAGGAAGAUGUCGUCACUAACACAAUUUUUGUCAUUGCUCAAUGCGAACAACCUGAAGGUGAGCUAAAGGAUUACCAGAAGAAAAUGGCUUCUGAACUGGCACGCUGCUUUCCGCUGGAUAAAGUAACAGUUAGCCAUUGGCAUACUCAUGAUGGCUCGUUCUUCGCCCGUCGUUAUUUUCAAGUUUUCUCUGAAUAUCUUAAGGUCCAUUGCCAGUUGACAGGUUUAGUUUGGAUUGCUGAGUUAAAUGAAGUAGCAUUAGCAACCAUUGAACACAUCCUUCGAUCAAGUGAUACGCUGACUUACUUACAUUUGUGUGAUGACUUACGCAGCACGUCACUCACACCGGCUCUUCAAGCAAAUCGCACAUUGACGCAUCUCAACCUUCGCAAUGCCAGGAUCCGUAUUGCAGGAGCUAAAGCACUUGGAGAGGUUCUUCGACUGAAUUGCACUCUGACACAUGUGAGUUUGCCUGGUAACGCUAUAAGUCAUAUUGGAGCAGAAGCUAUCGCGAAAGGCCUCGAGUUUAAUAACGUGUUGGUGCAUUUGGAUAUAAGAGAUAACUGGAUCGGGGAUCAAGGUGCUGUGGCAUUUGCUAAAGCUUUUGAGUCAAAUUCUACUUUGAAGUAUUUUGAUGUAGGUAUGGUUAUAGAAAUGCAGUUCAAACCUGAUUUCUCUCGCCCAAAGUCUGACUUUGAUGACGUAGAAACUGACUGGAUUCGUGACUCAGGAAUAAAAGCAAUUGCAAAGUCUCUUCGAUCAAAUUGUUCGCUGACUUAUUUAGAUGUUCAAGGAAAUCCCUUUUGUGACUCAACAGCAGCAGCUCUUGGAGAAGCCCUACGAUCAAAUUGUACUCUCAAUCGUUUGUAUUUGAAAGGCUCGCGGAUGUUCCCCAAAAAACCAUUGGAAAGUCAGUUCGGCAAUUUAGCAGCAGCAGCCUUUAAAAGAGCACUUCAGUCACGUGUUACCAAGGUUACCCAUUUAGACUUGUGUCGAACUUCGAUGACGUCUUCAUGUGUGAUAAUGCUUGCAGAGGCUCUCCAGUCCAAUACAACUCUUGUCUGUUUGGAUUUGAGUUGGAACAGCAUUGAUUCUGUUGGCGCCGCAGCCAUUGCGAACGGACUGAAAUCAAAUCGGACCUUGACACAUUUGCAGCUGAGAGGUAACCAUAUCAGUGAUGUAGGUGCAGUACGAUUUGCACAGUUUCUACAGUCUAAUGAUUCUCUCGUGUAUUUGGAUUUGAUUAGCAACAGCAUUAAGUAUUUGGGCGCCAAAGCCAUUGCGCAGGCGCUGAAAUCAAAUAGGACUUUGACACAUUUGCAGCUGGGAUGGAACGAAGUGGGCGAUAUGGGAGCAAUGGAAUUUGCGAACACUCUUCAAUGUAACAAAGCUUUGGUCUUCCUCAGCCUUAAAUGUAAUCAGUUUAGUAAAUCAGGCAGAAGUAUGCUUAAACAGAUUAAACCGCUCAUUAGCUGCGCGUUGAGGAUUUAAUUGAAAGACUGUCGUAGGAGUUUGUCAGAAGUCAAUCUGUUAGUAAAAAUCCACAUGUAUGAACAUGUGGCAGAUGCCAAUCUGUUAGUCAAAAAUCACAUGUGCAAACAUUUAUGCACCAUCUCCUUCAUUAAAAUGAUGUAAAUUCAUACAUAGGAGACGGGAUGCUAUUAAAUCAACAGGAACUCAUUUUUAGGUUAUAGAUAAGGUUUAAGUGUGAACUUUCAAUCAAAAAAAGGAAAAACUGAAGCAGUGAUUGAUGAUGAAGUAGUGACCGGUUUUCGUUUACUCCGGAAGUUUACACAGAUAGUGAGGGACUUUUUUUUUAUCCUUUUUGGUCAAGUAUAGUUUUUCGAUGGAGGAAGGAAUUUUAAACUUGGCCACUAGAUUGCCAUACACACUGUAGCGUAACAAUUAAUGGCGAAUAUCACCUUGGAUCUGAAUACUAUCUGUGGUAUGUCUUAUCACCGAAAAUAGUUUUAUCUCCCUCUCGGGAUCAUGACUCAUAUAAUAAAAUUAAAUAUUCAAUUACA